AUGGCAACCAUCCCCACGAGGGCUCCGACUCCUCUGUACUUUGACGUCGAGGUCGAUAAUGCUUCAUUAAAGAAAUCGCCAACGAUACCAUUGCACGAUCUUCCAACACCACAAGAAGUCGAUAUUCCUCUCCCUCCACCGUCUUUUCGUACAACCGAAAUCCUCGAACUUGACAAGGGAACUCCAGAUCUUCAUGUCCCGCGUGACCCGAGACUUUUGCGAUUAACAGGAGUACAUCCAUUCAACUCAGAGCCUCCGUUGACAGCAUUGUUCGAUGAAGGAUUUCUCACCUCCCCUGAAUUAUUUUACGUUCGCAAUCAUGGACCAGUACCGCAGGUACGGGACCAGGAUAUCCCAGAGUGGCAAGUCCGCAUUGAAGGGCUUGUUGAAAACCCAAUCACUUUGACGAUGCGAGACAUUCUGGAAAAGUACGAUCAGAUCACGGCCCCUAUCACACUUGUCUGUGCAGGCAAUCGGCGAAAGGAGCAGAACACGGUCCGCAAAUCCAAAGGAUUCUCCUGGGGUCCAGCAGGACUCUCCACGGCUCUGUUCACAGGUCCAAUGAUGGCGGAUAUCUUACGGAGCGCCCGACCCCUUCGCAGGGCCAAGUUUGUGUGCAUGGAAGGCGCGGAUAAAUUGCCAAAUGGGUUUUAUGGAACUUCGGUCAAACUCAACUGGGCGAUGGACCGAAAUAAAGGCAUCAUGUUGGCAUACAAAAUGAACGGAGAACCGCUCACACCCGAUCAUGGACGCCCGCUCCGAGUGGUUGUCCCCGGCCAGAUUGGCGGUCGUAGUGUGAAAUGGUUGACCAGAUUGAUCGUCACGGAUGCUCCGAGCGACAAUUGGUAUCAUGUUUAUGACAAUCGGGUUCUUCCGACCAUGGUCUCUCCCGAGAUGUCGGCGCAAAAUAAGAACUGGUGGACGGACGAACGAUAUGCGAUUUACGAUCUAAAUGUCAACUCGGCCACGGUCUACCCAGCCCAUGAAGAGAGACUCGACCUGACCACAAGUGGAGAGUUUUACACAGCAAAAGGGUACGCGUACGCCGGAGGAGGUCGGAGAAUUACAAGAGUAGAGCUCUCGCUGGACAAGGGCAAAUCAUGGCGCUUGGCAGACAUCAACUAUGCCGAGGACAGAUAUCGAGAAUACGAAGGGGAAUUAUUUGGUGGAAAAGUCGACAUGUGGCAGCGAGAGACCUGUUUUUGCUGGUCAUUCUGGUCUCUUGCUAUCCCCGUGGCGGACUUGGAAAACAGCGAUGCCCUUCUUCUCCGAGCCAUGGACGAUGCCAUGUCCGUUCAACCACGCGACAUGUACUGGUCCGUUCUCGGCAUGAUGAAUAACCCGUGGUUUCGAGUGACAAUCACCAGGGAUGGCAAUAGUUUGCGGUUUGAACAUCCCACGCAUCCAACCCAAGCUGGAGGUUGGAUGGAGAAAGUGAAAAAGGCCGGGGGGGAUCUCGCCAACGGCUACUGGGGGGAGAGACAGCAAGGCGAGGAGCCUCGGGAAAAAGAGCCAGUAAAGGAGAUCAGCAUGAAAAAAGACGGCGUGAGCCGGCUGAUCAGUUUCGACGAGCUCAAAGCCCACAGCGACAGUGGAGAGCCAUGGUUUGUGGUCAACGGCGAAGUCUACGAUGGCACAAAGUUCCUCGAGGGCCAUCCCGGAGGAGCAAUCAGCAUAACAUCGUCUGCUGGUCUCGACGUGUCGGAAGACUUUCUCGCAAUUCAUAGCGAAACGGCAAAAUUGAUGAUGCCGGAUUAUCACAUUGGCACAUUACUACCAGAGGCUCUGAAAGCCCUCCAAUCCAACUCCAAUCCAACGACAGGAGAGAAGCGCCCGGUUUUCCUACAAUCAAAUGCCUGGUCGAAGCUUCGGUUAUCUGAAAAGAAGACAGUCUCAUGGGACACCAAGAUUUUCGUCUUCCAGCUGGAACACGAAGCGCAGCUUCUGGGUCUGCCCAUCGGUCAGCACCUGAUGAUCAAAGUAAAUGACCCUGUCAGCAAAGAACCUAUCAUUCGGUCCUACACCCCCAUCUCAGAAACCAACAUGCAAGGACGAAUGGAACUGCUCGUCAAGAUCUACCAUCCAACCACGGACGUGCCCGGUGGGAAAAUGACCAUGGCUCUUGAUCAACUCCCGCUGGGAACGGAGAUUGACUGCAAGGGACCGACAGGUCGCUUCGAAUACCUGGGUAAUGGCCAGGUACUCAUCGGUGGCAAAAAGCGUCAUGUCAAAUCUUUCAAAAUGAUCUGUGGAGGCACAGGCAUCACGCCAAUCUUCCAGGUUUUACGGGCGGUCAUGCAAGAUUCAAGUGACCCGACAAGAUGCGUUGUGCUGGACGGAAACAGGUUGGAAGAAGAUAUUCUGUGCCGCGAUGAGCUUGACACAUACACAGCACAGGAUAGCGAAAAGUGUACCGUCGUACAUACACUGACAAAAUGUUCAGCGAACUGGAAAGGUCGCCAAGGGAGAAUCUCGGCGCAGUUGAUUCACGAGUGGGCAAGUCCCGAGGAAAGCAGUAUGGUGCUGAUAUGCGGACCCCAAGCAAUGGAACAGUCUGCGAAGGAUAUUCUCCUUACACAAGGGUGGGCUGAGUCGGAUAUUCACAUCUUUUAA